ACUCGGCGACAAUUGCUGAAGCAAGUGGAAAGCCGUCAGAAGUACCUUUGGAGCUGCCCAAUUCAAUGGCCUCGUGCGCCUCACAGAAAUCUUACCUUAUUCUAUGGAAGCAGCUUGAAACAUUGAAGGCAGAAUGGGGAAGACUUAAACUGAAAGUCGAGGAUAUUAAUACGGUUGCUCUGUAUAAACAGUUUUCUGAGCUAUAUGGUGCUGAAGUUUUGUGUCCAGCUAUGAGAUCCCUAGCUAGACGCAGAGGCAUAGAAGUUGAAUUUGAAGGAUUUGGAGCCACAUCCCAGUCUGUGUUCCCCCUUAAAGAAGCCUCACAAGUGGAGAUAAAAACAUACCAGCUGCAAAAACUCCUGGAAAGUCUAGAAGUACAUAUGAUUCAUGAUGUGCAAAAGAAAGUCAACAAAGAGAUAACACUGGUUAUAUCCGAAAAAGCAAGACAAGAGAGAAACCUCCCUACUGAACUCUGGAAGCACCAUAGCAUGCAAGAAAUCUUCUCUGUCACAAGGCCAGAAAUAGUUGAGUCAUUUAUACAAAGACUAAUGGAAAAUCACCAAGAAACAGAAACAGAGAUUGCCUUUCAGAAAGACGACUUACAAAAGUGCCUCACUGCGCUCGGAUGUGACGUCAUGGCCAGAGAACGCAGCAACUUUGAAAACUACUCCAUGUUUUAUGAAAAUAUACUCCACCAGCAGCAUCAGCUCCUCUAUAAAAAAGAACAAGAAAUGUCUGCAACAGAAAACAAGGGGGUAAAUGCUGAGCUGAAUCUCAGUCAGGUAGCAGAGAUGAAUCAUGACAUGAUUAUGGAGGUAACGGCUCUGAGAGCCAAAACUGCUGAUCUCCAAGAAGAAAACCAUAGCCUCAGAGAGAAGAUAAGGAAGAAAGUACAGGAGGAUUAUGAAGCAUUAGUGCAAAGCAUGUUUAUGACGUGUGUGCAUCUCAAAGGAAAGGUGGAUGAAUAUCGCUUAAGCCUGAGCCAACGCAUGUUUGAAAUUGUCAGUGACGUGAGAAGAGAUGGAGUAGACAAGAUGAUUGCCCUGAAGAGAAAGUUUGGCUCCACUAAAGAUAACAGCGCACUCCAAGAACGCUUGGCUCGGCAGGAGCAGUUACAGGAGUUACGGGAUGAAAAUGGCCAGCUGCAAAUAUUGGUAUUCAAACUGAAGGCCAUGAAUUACUGGAAGCAAACGGUGCACAAAGCACGCCUGUCAGCCACAGUGAGAGAAGCAGAGAAGGAGGACAAUAAAAAUAAAAAAGAGUACUUGAAAUUGAAGAUGAUGGCAGAAAAAGAGGCGGUUUUAUUUCGCCGGCAACUCAGGUCUGCAAGAAAAGCCUUGGCACAGUCUCAAGCGGAGAAUAAAAAACUGAAGGGACAGCUAGACAAACAGGGACAUUUGCUACAGAAGGUAGAACAUAAAAUGAAUCAAGAGGUCAGCAGAUGGCAGCAGGUUGAUCUGAUGAAGACGGAAAACUUGGAGAAGAUGCUAGAAGACCUUGGUGGGAAAGAAGUGAAACUGCAGAGCUUGACAGAAGAAGCAGAGAAAUCUGCUAAGAUACAACAACUUCAAGAGAAAAAGGUUAAGAAAGAAAUCCAGCAAAUAAGAAGUCAGUUAACACAGGAGCGCAGUUUAAAACUGAAUGCUUACCAACGGGUAGAAGAGUUGCAGGCUCAACUUUAUGACUUGGAAGCUACGACAUCCCAGAGAAAUUCACCUGGAGCAACACGAAGGAAGUCUGCUAAUCUUUCACAUCGUACCAGUAGCACUUGCCGCACUUUUUCAGGCACUGCUUCGCGGAGCCACCAGACACUGUCACAAUUCAUGUUAACCAGGGACAUCAGGCACAACCUUUUGACUGCUGAUUCUGUGGACAGGAGCAAGUCAGAGAAGGUUCCAAGGCCCAAAACAGUACCUUCUGGGGGAAGGAACAGUGUUAUAGAUGCUCUCUUACCUGACCUCAAAGAAGACUUCUCAAAAAUAAAAUAUGGUUGUGAAAGUGGUCCAGACAUUUAGUUACACAGCAUGAUUGAUGACUGAAGUAUUUAACUGAUAAUCCCUUUAUUUAGGCAAGCCUUUGUCUUUUAUGUUACUGUGGAAGAAGGAAUUCUUUAAUGGGGUACCUUUUAAAGGGUUUUUUUAAAACCACUUUAAGCUUUUUAACGUUGUAAUUUGGUGUUUUUAAUUAGAACAAUUUUUUUUAAAAAUGUGUUAAAUAUGUUUUUAUGUUCUUUGUUCUUAACUUGAUGGGAGCAGCCUUGAGUGCUGGGAGAAAGUGGAAUAUAAAUAAAACUAAAAUAAAUAAUUUGCCUGUUUACUUAGGAGUAAGCCUCGCUGAAAAUACUUGGGACUACUUUCUGGGGAAAGUAGAAGGUAAAAGGAAGAGGGGCCGACCAAGGGCAAGAUGGAUGGAUGGCAUCCUUGAAGUAACUGGACUGACCUUGAAGGAGCUGGGGGUGGUGACGGCCAACAGGGAGCUCUGGCGUGGGCUGGUCCAUGAGGUCACGAAGAGUCGGAGACGACUGAACGAAUGAACAAACUUUCUGAACAACUUGUGAAAUAUUGCUUGUAUUUGUGAUUUAUAACCAGUAAUGAAUCACUUUCUACUAGUUUUUCUCCUAUAUAUUUUCUACUACAAAAAUGAAAAAUUUUUUCCAGGUAUUGGAAGUGUACUUUGGAUUACCCCAUUCAGAAGAAGAUAUAUCUGUUAUGCAAUAAUGCACUACUAAAUUAUAUUAUAGUCCCAACAACAGCGUGCAUCCCUCUGCUGGAAUAUCUAGUAGUACGAGUGAUCACAUGCAUACCCGGUAUAGCUCUCAAGAUCAGGAGGAAGUGAUACAAAAAAUGGUGCCUGAGAAAAGUCUGGCUUGAGAAGAGGCAAAAAUAAGUCAUAGAACAUUGUUUUAGACUGCCAGCUUUUUAUCUUGUACACAG